AUGGCUGCAAAUGCACAGUUCUGUUACGACUCUGUAAACAAUUCAUGUCUGAAACAUGUUUAUUUGCCUACUAUACGUAUCCCACUGUAUCUCAUCGCUGUAACAGUCAUUCUUUUGACUGUAUGUGGAAACCUGUUCGUCAUCAUCUCCAUUGCACACUUCAAACAGCUUCACACGCCGACCAAUUUUCUUGUCCUUUCUCUAGCGGUUGUUGAUUUGCUAUUAGGAGGCUUUCUGAUGCCUACAGCUACAGUCCGAUGCCUUGAAUCCUGCUGGUAUUACGGUGACUUGUUUUAUCGAUAUUAUGCUGUAUGUGAACCGCUAAAAUACAAAACUAAAAUUAACAUCUGUGUUGCAUUUUACAUGAUUACAGUUAGUUGGAGUAUUUCAGCUGUUACUGGAUUUGGAAUGAUAUUUCUAGAGUUAAAUAUAAUGGGAAUGGAAGAUGUCUACUAUGACACAUUUUAUUGUAUAGGUAGCUGUAAACUUAUACAGACUGAAGCAUCAAGCAUUAUUUCCUCCACACUCUCUUUUUACAUCCCUGGGUUUAUUAUGAUAGGCAUCUAUUCGAACAUUUUCCUUGUAGCAAGGAGACAAGCCAGGACAAUUCAAGGCCUCGUAUCCCAGACUGGUUCAGAAAAGCUCUUGGCGCUGCGGGAGCCCAUCAGCCACAAGUACCAGUACUUUGAUGAGGCACCUGGUCCAGUGGACAAACACCGGACCAAAAGCUGA